AUGGAACCCGUCUCGCUGUUGAUCGGCAUCGUGCCAUUAUGCGCCCAGCUUGCCAAAACGACAACAACUAUUAACAACUUGAUCUCAUCAUACAAGUCUGCGGCACGAGAGCUGGAGGCACUGUCGAAUACUCUUGCAGAUGUGGCGAACGUUUGCGAAUCACUAGGAGAUAUCCUAUACAACUCUGAUACAUCGGAGUACCAUCCCAGUGAAGCACGGCUUUUUGCUGCACUGCAUGGCAGGAUUCAGGAGUGUCAUGACAGAUUAGCAGAUGUUCAAGACAUCAUUCAAAUUGUGAAUGGGAAACGGAGAGGACCAUUCAGAAAUGAAGGCUUGUUCUUGCAGUUUAAAGAUAAGAUCUCAUCCUGCACCAAGAGGUUGGACAAAUCUCUCUCAAGCCUCAAUCUUGUUUUGACGACAAGCAAUUUUAUUCGUUUGCUCCAGCCGCCCAGGAUGGAAGUCACUAUUCUUGAGGAAACAGACUCGCCUAGUCGCUUAAGUGCUGUUAUUGAGCCUGAUCGAGCUUCAAUUUCUGGCCGGUCUAUUAAGGUACCAUGGGUGGUUCGAGUCGACUACGGGUCAGGUAGCGUCGGCGAAAGGAUCCGGAACGCAUAUUUCGACGACGACCUAGAAGAGAUUCGGGAAUUACUCGUCCAACGUGUUAUAACACCCACAACACUACUUGGCUGGAACGACAAUUAUACUGACACCGGAUAUACCAUAUUAGGAUUAGCAGCAGCAUUAACAGCGCCACGUAUUCUAGCAUUUGCGAGGUCGCAAACGAAUAUGGUGGAGGAAAGAGAGCAAUUUCCUGACGGUCCUGGUGUAUUCAAACUCAUACAGGAAUCAUCUGACUUACAAUGUGCUGUCGACUACAUCAACAUGCGGAAGAAUGGGAUGAGCCCAGACGAACUAGACUCUGUACUGACUGGAGUUCUAACUUUAAGUCAACUAAAAGCUUGCAUAGAUGCGUAUUUAACCUGGUCCUCACCAGCCCGAGAUCGCUUUUACAAGGUUUUAGGAAGAAGUGUGCUUAAAGCCUUCUCUAACCAGCAUCUCUUGAAGCAUGAUGUGGGAGAUUGGGCGUCAUUCAUCUCAGAGCAUACUGCACGAGGUCUCGACAUAUACAGCGACCUUCACACCGACUUCUAUCAUAACGCCAGUACUUUGACUGUGAUUCCUCGACGUCCGGCCUGUCCAGAUGCAGCUGUUAGCAAUUUACACUUGUGGCUCGAUGUACUGGAGCUAGCAGGAGUAGAAAUUGGACAAUAUCUGGAAAUUGAAACACCACAGUGUUUUGCUACUUGGGCAGCGUCAGCAGCAUGCCAUAUGCCAGGGUAUCGCGAAGACGGGUCGUUGAUCAACCGGGUCUUGCAAGUACAGUAUUCAAAAGGCAGACGCAUCCCGUAUUGGCGAGAAGAGAUCAGUCGAGCAUGUGCUAUACGAGAACUCUUGGUAGAGUUUCCGCGUUUCCUACAUCGCGAAACCAUAGACACUUACGCCAACUGGAUGGAUACUAUGCGGCUCCGCCAAGCUUGGAAAGCUGGAGAGAACACAACAUUGAUUUACCCGGAGAAAACGACGUGGCCCGUUGCACCAAAAAUGGGAGACGAUCCACGACCACCAGACCUUGGGCAUCAAAUGGACGUGAACAUGGAGGUCAAGAGGGCAGUGGAAUGGUUGUAUCAUGAAUAUCAUCAGAGAAAAAGACGUCGCGAACGCAAACUGGAACGGAAAAUGCGGAAAGGGGCUGGAAACAAGAAGGCUCAUGGAAAAAUGUCAAUACCCGGUACUUGGGUGGACUAA